AUGGGCGCCAUUGAAAUCCCCCCCAUCCAAUUCACUCCCAUUGAGGAGAUCCAGGGUCGCGUGUCCCAGCUUCGCAAGACCUUCUUCGAGCACAAGACCCGCGACAUCGAGUUCCGUCUGGUCCAGCUGCGCAAGCUCUACUGGGCGGUGAAAGAUCGCGAGGCCGAGAUCGCCCGGGCCCUCGCCUUGGACCUGAAUCGGCCCGAGUUCGAGACGGUGAUGGCCGAGAGUGGUUGGAUCGAGAAUGAUAUUGUUUUCGUCACGCGCAACCUGCAUAAAUGGGCCAAGGAUGAAAAGGCGGAGGAUAUUGAUCUCACUUGGAAGUUCAUGAGCCCCAAGAUUCGCAAGGACCCCCUGGGUUGUGUUUUGUUGACCCUCGGCCCUGUCAUUGGUGCCAUUGCGGCCGGUAACACCGUUGUUAUCAAGCCUAGUGAAAACGCCCCCAACAGCGCCGUUGUUAUCCAGCAGAUCGUCGAGGCCUCCCUCGACCCGUCGUGCUACACCGUCAUCCAGGGCGGUAUCCCCGAAACCCAGGCCCUUCUCGCCGAGCGCUGGGAUAAGAUCUUCUUCACCGGCGGCGCCAAUGUCGGUCGCAUCGUCGCCAAGGCGGCCGCGCCGCACCUCACCCCCGUCGUGCUCGAGCUGGGUGGUCUCAACCCGGCCAUUGUCACCAAGAAUGCCAACCCCCGGCUCGUCGCGCGUCGACUCCUCUGGAGCAAGCUGAUGAACGCCGGCCAGAUCUGUACCUCCCAGAACUACAUCCUGGUGGACCGCGCCAUUGUCCCCGCCGUCGUGGAGGAGUUCAAGAAGGCCUACAAGGAGUUCUACCCGAACGGCGCCAAAGCCUCCCCCGACUACUCGCGCAUCAUCAACGAGGGCGCCUUCCAGCGCCUGAAGGGCAUGAUCGACAACUCCAAGGGCAAGAUCCUCAUGGGCGGCACGAUGGAUGAGAAGGAGCGCUUCAUCGAGCCCACCCUCGUCCAGGUCGACUCGACGGACGACUCCAUGCUCGUCCAGGAGAGCUUCGGUCCGCUGAUCCCCAUCCUUCCCGUUGACAACCUCGACGAGGCCGUCAAGAUCGCCAACGGCAUCAUGUCCACGCCCCUCGGAAUCUACCCUUUUGGCACCAAGGCCGAAACAGAAAAGAUCCUGUCCAUGACUCGUUCCGGCGGAGCCGCCGUCAACGACUCCGCCCUCCACAUCCCCACCCUGCCUUUCGGCGGUGUCGGCGAGAGCGGCAACGGUGCCUACCGUGGCCGCGCCAGCUUCGACGUCUUCGUGCACCGUCGCCCCAUCACCACCAGCCCCAGCUGGCUCGAGUCCGCCCUGUCCAUCCGGUACCCGCCCUACGACGGCAAGAUCAACCCCUUCAAGGCGGCCACCACUCUGGCCCCCGACUUCGACCGCAACGGAAAGAAGGUCACCCUCGGCUGGCUGCGGUAUAUCCUCACCCUGGGCGGUGGCUCUGCCAAGGCGGGCGCUGGCAGAGCGACUGUUGUCGCUGCUGUGGCCUACUUAAUCAUGCAGGUCCUCGAGCGACGAGCCUCGAAACUUUAA